GCAACCAAUUACGGAUGAGAAAAAGGACUAUUGCCUCUAUAGUUUUCAUGGUAGAUUGCACCAGAACGCAUCGCCUGUCCGUUAUCCCGUUAUACAUUAUUCUUUCCGAGAACAGGUGGAUACAAAGACAUAUCAUUUUGUGCUGCAUAGAAUGUUAGAGAUUACAGGGAAACUUGUUUAGGCUACAUUAUAUCGGUAGGCUACGUGUCGCGUCGGGACGACUGCAGUACAUUCUGAAGACGGACUAGCAAAGAGUAUAGGUAUCAAGCAAUAAAGAUUGCCAACCAGCAACAUCAUCGGGACGUAAAAUUAUGCUCUUCGUUCAGAUACAGGUUUUCCGUCUGCGGAACAUUUGGAUUGAUAGUUUGAUUUACCAUUUAAACCAUUCAAAAAUGAUUAGUGAAUUACAUUAGUGCUGUUAACCCUAUGCAACACGUUGCUGGCAAGCGAGACAUCAUUGUGCCAUUAAUUGAUUACAAUAAGACAUAUUUUCUUGGGAUGACAUCCCGGUGUGUCUCCCCUCCGUUACCUUGUUUAGUCUCCAGAGUUCGUGCUUUCUGUCAGGGGCCAGCCUGCUGAUUCUUCUCUGCCACCACGUCACGUCACCGGGGGCCGAUGCGGCGUUUCGUAUACUGUAAGGUGGUGUUGACCACCUCGCUCGUCUGGGUCCUGGUGGAUGUCUUCCUGCUGCUCUACUUCAGUGAAUGUAACAAAUGUGACGACAGGAAGGACCACUCACUGCUGCCUGCUCUCAGAGUCAUGUCGCGAGCCCACGAGGGCCCAGGGGAGAUGGGGAAAGCGGUGGUUAUCGCAAAGGACGAGCAAGAGAAAAUGAAGGAGCUCUUUAAGAUUAACCAGUUCAAUCUGAUGGCCAGCGACAUGAUUGCUCUCAACAGGAGUCUGCCGGACGUGAGACUGGACGGUUGCAAGACGAAGGUGUACGCGGACGAUCUCCCCAACACCAGUAUAGUGAUCGUGUUCCACAACGAGGCGUGGAGCACCCUGCUCCGCACCGUCCACAGUGUCAUCAACCGCUCGCCACGCCACCUGCUGCAGGAGAUCCUGCUGGUGGACGACGCCAGUGAGAGAGACUUCUUGGGAAAGAAGCUAGAGAACUAUGCUCGGACCCUGGAGGUUCCCGUGCGGGUCCUGCGGAUGGAGCAGCGAACGGGGCUGAUCCGGGCCAGGCUGAGGGGGGCAGCUGCCACGCGGGGACAGGUCAUCACCUUCCUGGACGCCCACUGUGAAUGCACAGUGGGCUGGCUGGAGCCUCUGCUGGCCAGGAUCAAAGAGGACCGGAGAUCUGUGGUAUGUCCUAUAAUCGAUGUGAUCAGCGACGAGACGUUUGAAUACAUGGCAGGCUCAGACAUGACCUACGGAGGAUUCAACUGGAAGCUGAAUUUCCGUUGGUACCCCGUGCCUCAGAGAGAGAUGGACAGGCGCAAAGGGGACAGGACAUUACCACUCAGAACCCCUACUAUGGCUGGAGGGUUAUUCUCUAUUGAUCGGACAUAUUUUGAAGAAAUUGGCACAUACGAUCCAGGGAUGGACAUUUGGGGCGGAGAGAACUUGGAGAUGUCUUUCAGGAUCUGGCAGUGUGGCGGCUCGCUGGAGAUUAUAACAUGUUCCCACGUGGGUCAUGUGUUCCGGAAGGCCACCCCUUACAGCUUCCCUGGGGGCACGGGCCAAGUCAUCAACAAGAACAACAGGCGAUUGGCCGAGGUGUGGAUGGACGGCUUCAAAGACUUCUUCUACAUCAUAUCACCAGGUGUGGCCCGGGUGGACUAUGGAGAUGUGUCCUCUCGUAAGACCCUACGUGAAGUUCUGCAGUGCAAACCCUUCUCCUGGUACCUGGAGAACAUCUACCCCGACUCUCAGAUCCCCAGGAGAUACUACUCACUUGGUGAAAUCAGAAAUGUUGAAACAAACCAGUGUGUGGACAACAUGGGCAGAAAGGAGAACGAGAAGGUUGGCUUCUUCAACUGCCAUGGCAUGGGUGGGAACCAGGUGUUCUCGUACACGGCUGAUAAGGAGAUCCGGACAGAUGACCUAUGUCUGGACGUGUCUCGUCCCCAUGGCCCUGUGGUCAUGCUGAAGUGUCAUCAAAUGAAGGGGAAUCAGAUGUUUGAGUAUGACGCGGAGAAGCACACGUUCCUCCACAUCAUCACCCAGUCGUGUCUGACCAUCAGCAGGCUGGAGGACGGUACUUGGGGCCCCACGGUGGAGUACUGUAAUAGUAGCCCCUUGCAAGCAUGGGUCAUGAGGAACUUCACCCGGCUGGAGGUGUUUAGGAAGCUGUACUACAGCCCCACUGAUUACUUUCUGUAGGGGCUGUCUUCCUGCAUGGGUCACCGCAGGUCAGUAUUGUACUACCAGACCUAGUGGAGGUCUUAGUGUGUAGUAGUCUAGUGCGUAGUGGUCUAGUGUGCCAAUAAAAUUAGCCCGUCCUGCUAUAUCUCUGCUCACCAGCCAUUACUGGUGUAGUUGGCUAGUGUGUAGUCGUCUAGUCUAGUGGGUAGUGUCUAGUCUGUAGAGCUGGAGUCGUGCGACUAUGUGGUGGAAUAGGCUGUCACGUUGCUUUAGUAAGCAGCUGUUUUACCUCACAGAGUGUUUGUUUUCAUUUCCUUUGCCUCAGCAUUUCCUUUGCCUCAGCCUUGACAUGUUCUUCUUGGAGCUUGAGCCGGUUGGGAUUCGGAACGUUUCUGUCGUUAGUCAAAGUGUGCCUUUCAAAGCAGUUUCAAGGGCAUUUAGUAGCAUUUACCACUGAUCUUUUGAUAUGAACGCUUAAUGACAGGAACACAGAGACACAUAAGGUGCUGUAUACACGGCACUAUCUGCAAGACCUUUAUCCAGCCUUCUUCUGCACCAAAUUAGAUCUCAUUUGACAUUUAUUUUCCUACAGUACAUUCAUAUUUUAUUUUGAUACAAAAAAAAAAAAAUCCCUGGCUGUAGCCCCUCAUACGGCGGUGCUCAUUAAAUGAGAGCCGAGGAGACAAGGUCGUUUUUAAUUUCAGCUGAUUAUCGAGCUAUUUGAUGGGCAGAUUGAAAUGGGCUCGCCUUUGUUUACAAGUUCUUUUGAAGUGAUCCCUCUUUCAUGGCGCUGGCCUCGGGAAAAUGGGGGCUGCAUUUUGAACACACGCCAUAACAGCUGUGUUCAGCUUGCAGCAUGUUCUCAUUGUCUGAGGACUGAAUUUCAAUCACCACUCCUCAUUUCCAUUUGACCUAUCAAUAUUCUAAAUCUAGUCUGGAUGCUCGCUGCAAGUAACUACAGUCUUCUGUUUAAUAUAUGUAGUGUAUUUCUAUUUGUCAUUCUCAUAACUUUAGCCAGUUACCUCUUUACAGUACCUCUGUAAUUCAUUGGAGUUUAUUUGUCUGUUAAACAGCCUGUGUCUGCCUGGUAAAGACCAUAUUCACGGCAGUGUGCUUUCCUUUUCAGACUAGUGUUGAUUAAAUUGGGUGAGUUGCGUUCAGGGUUAUUGCUCUUUGUAAAAGUGACGGUGCUCGAGCAGCCUGCUGUCAGAUGGCCUUAUUCCCUGUUCUGUUCCUACGGUGUUCACCGUCCUUCAGAGUAACACUGCAAGACACUCUCUGAACAAACAAUAUUGCGACCACCACCUCAAAUGCCACCCUAUUCCCUUUAUAGUGCACUAUUUUUGACCAAAGCUCUAUCAGGCCCUGGUCAAAAGUAGAGCACUAUAAAGGCAAUAAGAUGCCAUUUGGGAUUCGCACACAGUUUCCUAUCUGAUCGUCGCCUGCUCCCUCCAAUGGCAAAAUGCCAAGAAACAAAUGUCCAUUAAAUCUGUUGGUACGGUGUUGAUUUUCCGUUACAUGCCAGGCUCUGUUUUAAAGCGUAGUUAGUGUCAGCACAAACACACAUUUUAAAAGAGAUCCUGCAUCUGUCAGCGAGUCCGGUCGUCGACUCUUCCUUGUGAAGGACAAAGCGGAUAAAUGUUCUUCGCCCUGGGCCGACUCCUAGAAACUAUCUACAUUUAAUUAGCAGGUCUCAGCUGUGCACACACAUGGCACAGAGCUCAUGAGCCACUCGCUGGGACUGCCUCGGCUGUAAUGGGACUUUUUAUUGCCACUGAGGAGCAAUUAAAUAAUUAUGAGCAGAGGACGCAUCCCCUACAUUUCUGAUAUUUUCAUUAAAUAUGGAUUGGUUUUCCUCUGUUCUAUUUUCUUCAUGCUCUCUUUUCUGCACUGUGGAAUGGUGGGAUCUUGCAGUGAUGGCAAAAAUAGCACCUUUAUCAUUGCCCUGGCCAUGUCCUUAUGAUUAAUAAAUAAGCUUUAGUGUAGUGAAGGUUCAUAUUUGACCUUACCAUCAGGUACAGGACUAUAAUGGCAGAUAUUAUAAUUCUGGUUUGAUAAUGUCAUAAUAUUACUUUUGAGAACAUCAAGACAUGAAUAUGUUUUAUUCAUUUAAAAAAGCAGAACGUUGUAUUAUUAAUAGAUUUUUUUAAACCUUUGACUUAAGUGCACCAAAACCUGCCUGAGUGGUUUUACUGUAAUGCCGGGUCCAUCUCCUCUCCAGUGAAGUCAUUUUACACAGAGAGAACAAAGAGAAAGAUAGUGGCGAGUGUGUGUGUGUAACGGUCUGUGUGUGUGAGGUGCUCUGUAUGCAGGUAGAGUUUAUUUAGGUUUACCUCACGACCCAAAAACAAAACAUCUUGGUUUGUCCUACCCAUUCAAAACAUAAAGGCUGAAUACAGAACUGGAAACAUCCUCUAUAACUUCAGGAUAAUCAUUGCCUGAAAGUCAAAGACAAUAAUUGCUGCAAAGUCAAUAUAUUCAGCUACAGUAUGUGGACCGUUUUGACAUUUUUGAUUCAGUGGGUUCUUAGUCAUGACUAAAACCUUGCCUGAUUGCAACAAAGACAUUGCACCUGCGGUUUGCCAGCAGGUUACCGCUGGAUUUCUUAACACCCUACUAAAGGGAGAUUACAUAGUGCUCCGAGCUAAAAUAACCCUGGUUGCAAUGAAAAAGCAGCGGAAUAAAACUAGUAAACCAGCCGAUCUGACACUGUUACGGUGUCAAGCCGUCUUAAUACUAGACAGCGGUAAAGGCAUGGGAAAUUGUAAUUUUUCUGCGUUCACUACUCCCACCUCAAUGAAGAAACAUCCUAUCAGGAACAGCAAAAUCGAAAUAUGAAAAAGCAAAAUAGCAGAAUGUGACAUAUUACGAUGAUUUGACUGAUGAUAAAAUAAUUGAAGAUCAGCUUUUAGCACAUUGUAAAUUAAAGUAAUAUGGAUUGCAGAAAUGUGUGAUAACAGUUGAAAUAUAAUUUAAAAACCAGUUCAAAAUCCUCGUAAGACAUCACAGUAAAAUAGAAGGAUGUAUUGCAAAAGGAAUUAGUAAAAUGGUAGUGUACUGGGAAAGAUUGGUAGUCUGUGGACAUCUGAGGGUUGGAAUUGAGAUUGGAGUGAUUGAUUUGCCGAUACACU